AUGAACGAGGGACGGGCGAGCGGGGAGCUGGAGGGGAGCACGCUAGGCAGUAGCUCUCGCGAUGGAGAUAAGACAAGUCGAGGAGCCCAGCGCCGGACACAUGGCUCCGGUGGAUUCUUUGUCGACUCAUCCUUCCUACCCGGCUCCAAGAGCUUGAAGAGCAGCCAACACCAAUUCCUCCGCCGUUCGGAAUCAAAUCGGAAAGAGAAACGGGAGGCUCCUGAGCCGGGUCCGGAGGUGUCAAAGAAACGAUCGCGAUUUCCGUGGAGUCGUCAGAAGGAACAGAAGCUGGGCUCAACUGCGGCUCAAACGGCUGAAGGUGAGGCUACUGCUUCUUCUUCGCAUGUGGCGGACGAUGAUGCGGCACAACACCAGGAGCAAGCAGAAACGGGGACGCCGGACAACCAGGCUGCCAUGGGCCUGGACAGGGAUUCCUUACAGAUCGUCAAUCUCGCGCUGAAUCUGAGCGAGUCGCGGAAACGGAACAGUCUAGGACGUUCGGCUUCCAACCGCUUUCCGGGCAAUCGGAGGAUGGUGUCCGUCGGUCAGCCUGCUGCUCCUUACCCUGACAUUCAACCCAUGGCUUCUGUGGGCGGCCUUCGCCACAGCAGCCCCCGGCAUCGCGAUGCAGUGCACAAGUGGAGCGAUCGCUACAGCAAGCCCACCAUUCCUGAAAGGGUGGCGGGAUUUCCGGCACAUACCCCAUCCUCGGUGCUCAGUCUCCUGCCUCAGUCGAUCGAUUCGGAAACUUUGCCUUCUGGGAUCUCGGAGAGCACUCUUAUCCGGGCUGAGAAGGCCCGGCGUCAUUUUGAGCUGCUCUCCGAAUACCUACGACUUCUGUCGUCGCUUCCGCCUCUAGAGCAUCUCGACCCGUCCGCUACAGACUCGGUAUCAGUUGCGAGUAAAAGCGAGCUCUCCGCCAGAAGAUACAAUCCUCUCCAAUGUAUCCGUAACCGGAAAGUAAGGUUUCGCGAACGAUGCAGUAUUGAUACUGAAGCCGAGGGAUGGUAUGACACCGAACGGGUACAUGAAUGGGUUGACUCGGUGGAGUCGUUGUACAGCCAUCGCAAUCACAGCGCGGCGGAACGUCUACAACUUCCCUCGUUUCCAAAAUCAAGAAAAUAUGUGGCUUCGGAACAUCAGCUGGAUAUCGAUCAUCUUGCUGCCUCUCCUCCUUCGAGCCUGAGGCGCGCUAGCCGUACUAGCAGUGUCAAAGCCCGCAGGCCGCGAUCAGAUUGGGUCAUUGAUCCGGCAGAAAUGCUUUCCGAUGCUGCGUGGGUUGAAGAUGAUCACAACAAGAGUAAAUUAGUCGACAAGGACGGAAACCUCCUUUAUCCAAACCCGAAUAUACUGAUCGAUGUCGGUAUGGAUGAUGCCAAUCUCAGCUUGGAGGAGAAACUGCAACGUCAUCGAGAGUCCAUGGACUCGGAGCAUUACAUUUCCCGUGCAUCUCUAUCCGACGCUCAUCAUAGUCUGACAAGCGGUACACGUGGAAGGCAACGGCACAGGUUUCGGACUUCCGGCCGUAGCACACAUGAUAGCGAUGUCUCCGUCAAAGAUUUGGAGCCCGGAAGUCGCAAGCUUGGCUUUUUUAGUAGCUCUGCGAGCACGUCCAGCGCGGAUGACCGGCUACACCGUUACAUGCACGCUGACAGGACAAUUUCUCCUGGAAAGUAUAACCCGCCAACGCUGGGCCGCGCCAGAUCAGAAGGGAAGCGAAGCUCUAUGUCCUCUGUGCCGAGCAUCGAUGAUCGUUACGAUCCUUUGACGAACAUGGCAACUCUCGAUACUAAGUCCUCUGGUGUUCAUUCCCAGUUAGGGUUCUUUCCUAGUAUUGCGAGCAAUCUAUCUCCCACAUCAAGCCGGUCUCCAUCACCGUCUAAGGGACGGUUUGCGCGGGCCCGUGGCUCGCGUCACGAGCGCAGCAAGAGCAACAUUCGCACAAAGGACAACGCCGACGAAAAUGUGCCAGACACGGACGGUGUGCGUCAAGAUAGCUUGUCCGAAGCCGCGGGUCGCAUUGGUUUGGAACCCAGUCCCCUUACCCACCAGACCACGUCAUCCACGUACCAGGAUGAGAUUUUUAAGCCUCAAUCUCCGAUGCGGAAGGACACCUCUCAGACAGAGUCAAGGCUACGCGGCAUUCUCAAAGGGCCUGGAAAGAUAGCCGAAAAAGUAGGCAAUGAGAUGUCGAAAGUCGGCGAUCGUAUUAUGAAGAAAGACUCGAUGGCGAUGGCACGCAAGACCUCGCAUUCUAGCCUAAGCAGUUCGGACUCCGAUGAUGCUGAUGAGGCUGAGGAGAUAAAAGGCGACAAAACGUCAGGCACCAAAUCUCUUCUACGUCGGUUGCCUGCGUUUGCCGAUGAUGGCACUCGGCCUUCGCGCAAGAAUCUGGAAAGAGUCGGUACACACAACGAGGCAUUGCUGUCGCAUCUAUUGUCACCUGCUGGACAGGAACAGUUCACUCAACUUCAAAGCUCUGAUUCUACUGAUCUGCCGGGUCACACUACGGACACUAAUAUAUACCACAACAUGGACGGCUCUCAGAGGGACGUUGGGAGUUUCUCUGCUUCCCUUUCAAGCAAUACAAAUGUUCACGCACCACCCACGCGCCUUGAGAAACUGUUCGGUCCCGAAAUACAUACAAUCCGGGAACAAAUCCAAAAAGGCAGGAUCAAAGAUCAAUCUGUACCUUUCAGUCUCACCCGGCCACCUAUGACGGGUCUUGCGCAGGCCAAGGUGGAAGCCUCCCCAGCGUCGCAAAACAGGCGCCCUGUGUUAGAUGCCCAGUCCAGAAGUUGGAGUAUUUCCAAUCGCAGUCUCUCCACUGCGCUUGUCAGUGGUAUCCCUGGAAAACGCGAGGUUGAACGAACUCGAGCGCUUCUCCUCACCUCGGGAAUUAAGGCUCGGGAGAUCACCCGCCGGGCCGGCACCGUGCGCGAACCACCUCCUGAGUUCCUUCUGCGCACAUAUGGUGAUGCCUCCGUACCCGUGCCACGGGUGACUCGACUCUGCGAGUAUGAUGCCGCGGCGCAGGGACUACUCAAGAGGUUCGAAGAGACCAACCGUGCUUUCCGACAUGCCAUGGACAACUUUUCGGGCUCAGUGUCAUCGCCGCUGAAUGCUCAGCUGAGCAGACUCGAGAAGAUAGUCAAUGAGAGCAUCAGCCCUCGCGUUCAGGCAGCGACUCAAGAUGCCGAAGACCUGAGCAUUCAGCUCAACACCACAAGCACCCUCGCGGUAAAGCAAUUGAGCGAUACCCUCGAUAAAGGCAUGCGCAGGCGUCAUCGCAGGUUGCGCUGGGUCCGACGUACAGGGUUUGUCAUGCUUGAAUGGGCGCUCGUUGGUAUGCUGUGGUGGGUCUGGCUCAUCGUCAUGGCUUUCAAAGUGCUUCGCGGCGUUUUUCGAGGAUUUCUCUCGGGCGUUCGAUGGAUUCUGUGGCUGUAAUUACAGGCAGAAAUGGACUGACUCGGGUCAGUCAAUGUCCAGGCCGUUUUCUUCGGUUUCGUACUUUCCAUUUCUUAGUACUAUACAUUUUUAAUUUCGAGUAUCUAGAUAAUAAUGAUGUCUUGUGAC